AUGAGGCCCAACGCGAGGAAGGCCAGGACCCUGCUGGAAGACGCCAUGCUCCUCGACCCCGACAACCCCUGGGCGAUCCACUUCUACACCCACCUCAUGGAGGUCGGGGCAGAGGCAGGAGCCGCCGUCGCCCCGGCGCAGCGGCUAGAGUACCUUGUUCCCGGGGCACCGCACCUCCAGCACAUGCAGUCCCACGUGGAGUUUCGCACCGGCCAGUGGCACGACGCCAGCGAGGCGAACUUGCGGGCCGUUGCCCUCCCAGAUUCGGACGCCAGCUACCCGGAUCACAACAUGGACAUGCUCAUGUGGGCGUUGGGGGUGGAGGGCAGGCGGACGGAAUCCGGGAGCAUCGGGCGACGGCUGACGGCCUACUCGACCGCUCGUGUGCUGGCCGGCGUGACGGCACCUCUCCUACCGCCGGAGAGGUACCUGGCGCAGGAGCCGCUGCACCUCUGCGCCUUCGCGGACUGGGAAGGAGUCCUCGCUCUCGCGCCCCCCCCCGACGGAGCAGAGUUUCCCCUUGCUGCUUACCGCUUCGCCCGGAGUUUUGCUUUCGCCAACGCCAAAGACUGGGACAGCUACCGGCGAGAACAAGGUUUCAUUACCGCCGGCGUGGAGAUAAUGGAAGGCAGGACUCAGUACUACGGGGUGUACAAUGCGGCUGAGCUGACCAGAAUCCUGGACCUGCUUUCUCGGGCCGAAGGGUUGCGCGGUGGCAUCCACGUCAGCGCUGCCGGCACAACACCCGGCGACGUCACCACCGCUGCUACCGCCGGACCCGAAGAGCUGGAACUCCUGCGGCAGGCGGUGGAGAUGCAGGACGCGCUGGGUUACGACGAGCCGCCGCGGCUGCCUGUGCCGACGAGGCUCUUCCUCGCCGCGGCCCUGCUUCGCGGGGUAGACAGCGGAGGCGGAGGCGGCGGCAUCGAGGGGGGAGUCGACGGCAGCAGCGUCGGCGAUGGCGACACCGCGACCACAACGGCACCGGUGUCAGCAGCGCCACCAACGCUCACGACACCGACCACCACGGCAGCGGCAGCGGCGGCGGUGGAAGAGGCGGAGGCCGUCCUCCUAGAGGUUGACGCCGAGUACCCGGGCAUGGGCCGGACGCUGCUGGGCCUCUGGCGGUGCCGCGAGGCGCUCGGGAAGCACGACGAGGCCCUCGCCCUUCGGGAGCGGUUCCUCGCCAGCUGGGGACCCUACUCCGAGGUUUGGCUCGAGGACAGCGCGCAUGUCGGCGGGGUUCUUGGAGGAGGGGACGGCGGCGGCGGCGGCAGCGGCGGGGGGGCACCUGUGGUCGGGGCAGGUUUGGACGAGGAGGAAGGGCUCCACCACCACGCUCCCCAGGGCGUCGAUGGCAAGGACUAUCGCGUCCUUGCCGGGCUGACAGUCGCGGCCGCGGCGCUGUCGCUCUCCGCGUUUCUCCUGGCGGCCGCAAGGCGGAGGAGCGGUGGGGGUUGCGGGGGAGGCGUGUUUCGUGCGCUGCUGCCGCGGGGGGCUGGGGGCUCAGCGGCGGGAGCGGAGGCGGUGUCCAUCGUGGUGCCAGGCCGCGGUCAGGGUCGGCGAGCGAGAGGGAGGAGUGACAACGGCAACAGCAGCGGAGGGCACGGGUACCGCACCAUCGGAGAGGGCAGCGGCGAUGAUGGCUCGGUUGUGCAAAUCGACGGCGGCGUCUUGUAG